AUGGCUGACGUGGAGGAAACCGACGAAGAUGCGACCACUGAUAAUGUCGACGACGACACCACAGAUUUUGCAGACACAGAUGCAGCGGAGGAUACGGAAGCAGAUGGAGCUGAAGGUGAGGAACAACUGUACGAAGAAGGAGAAGAAGGGGUAUCAGCGCAGGUUGAAAAGAAGGACAGGAAGAAGAAAAGCUGGAUGGAACGAUGUUUGGAUCAAAAAUGGAAAUGCGACGACUCUCCUCUCUGGAAACUUUACAUGAACGCAUUUCUAGAGGAUCAACAACAAUUAGAGAAAGACGAUAUUUUCAAGCGCAGAAGACCUGCUCGUCUUCAAAAAUUUCCUAAAGUUCAAUCAGAGGAGGAUUUGAGUACACCUUACAAGUGCUUACCUCUUAGCACUUUCCAGCUUCGAGAUAAGUUGAGGCUACCUGACAAAGUCGAUCGAUCGCAAAUGAUACGAAUUUGGAAGAAUAUGCGCGCGAACCUGCCAGUUCAAUCGUCGAAAUCCGACACAGCGAUAGAUGCUCCGGUGAAAAAGACAGACAGCAACAAAUGGCCGGGCAUGUGGCCCUGUACGACGCGAGAUUUAGCGAAAGAGAUAUUAGAGAGACGAAGACAGAAGAGAAAAACGCGAAAAGAUCUGUUUCCCUGUGAUCCAGACGACAUACAAGAUGUCUUCGACGAUCCGGACAAAGAUUUCUCCGAUCGUAAGGAAUUAGGUCACGCUAGAGUUCCACAAUCGUGUCCUUUACCGAGGAAAGAGCUGUUAGUCGAUCAAGCUGCAGGUGAACAGCACGGUUUAGUUAACGGUGAUUACAUAAUUUUCGAGUUACCGUCGAAAUCGCGCGGCAACAGGGUGUACGCAGAUGUAUGUCUUCGGGGGUUGAAAGGUAUGCAUUUGCCGGAACUGGGUUUGCUGCGAACGCGAAAAAGGACGUGGAAAUUCUGCUUCUAUCAGGCUGUUGUUGCACUUCUCGCUAAGACACAGUUAAGAUACAAAUACGCUUGGAGCGCGAACAUCGACUACAUCUACGACCACGCGUGGAUGUUGUACACUCACAUCGGCAUGAUCAACAUCAAGGAUAAGCAAAGAUUAGACGACAUCGUCGUGUACAACUACAAAUACAGCAUCGAAUUGAAUUUAGUUCUCGAAUUAAACGACGUUCCUAUACUGACUGAUAUUCCUUGGGAUUACGAGGAGAGCAAUAUGAGGCAUAAAAUGGUCCUGCAUCGGAAAGAAUUGAUGAACUUCACGUUGGAAAUCGGUUCUGAGAAAAUAACCGACAAACAAAGUUCAUCGGUUCACGAAGAAAUCAGAAAGAUCGAAGAAUGGUUCGACACGUUAAAAAUUCGUUAUCGUAACUGCAUAUUUCGUACCACGCGAUUCUCCGUAGCUUUUUGGAGGGACAAUCUCUUCUGGUACCUUUACAAUCCCUAUCGAUGCGACGAAUUCGGUUAUUUCGACGAUUCUGGAUACGCCUGUAUCCUGAAGUUCUGCUCGAGGGAAUCUCUCAAAAGACACCUGAUGAUCCUCUUGCUAAAAGAAGGUAUGGAAGAAGCAGAAAUCGUAGGAGAAACAGAGCAAGCAGAAGACACUCCCGAAGAAGAAAUUGAAAAAUGCUACACGAUCCAGAUUUAUCAGAUGACCUAUCACUGCUGUCAAAUUCACAACCUGAAAUUGUUGCAAAGAGGUGCACCAAAACCACCGAGACACUUAGUGAAGAAGAAAACCAUCGACGAUUGUCCCUUCGAUCCUCUCGACGUGAGAGAUCCGUGCACGAUCGAGCAAGAGGAAGAAGAUCUGAAAGAAACGAUCGAGAAACCAACGUGGCUGAAACUGUACAAAAUUACUUGGGCCAAGUGCAUGGCUGUUCCUCAGAAGAAGAAGAACAGAGAAGCUGGAACUGGAAAGAUGCGCUGGCACCAGUACGUCGUUGAGGAAUCGAACAAACUCUUCUCCUUAUGGGGCGAAAUUCACAUCACCGAUGGCAUGUUCGAGAAGGAAAAUCGCGGGAUGCAAACGUACGCUUGUUACGUGGUCUGCGCUGGCAUGACUAGGAUCAUGGCGCCUGAAUACUGGAGCUCGAAGACUCUCGACGUGAUCGUCAUGUGUGGCGACAGAUAUUACACUCACAGUAAAUUAGAAGCAGAAUUCAAAUCGACGAAAAAUGAAUACAGACAUGUGAAUUGUUGGAACAGGUAUCUAAUGAGUCAUUUCAAGAUCGGAGAGACCAUGUUCGAGGCGAAUGUUCUGCCAGCGAUCUGUGGUAGAUUGUACGCUAAGUCGGGGAAAUAUUUAUGGCAAUCGUUGGAACAGAUGUUCUUGAAGUAUUGUUUCGGGAUUCUGACUUGUGAGAGUUCCUGUUUGGGCGUUUUUAAAUUUUGCGGAGCUUAUUACAUGUGUGACGUGAAUUCUCUUGGUCCACCGCUGUUUUCUUACGGAGAAGGCGCAGUUUAUCUACUGAGGGCCACGUAUUUUCAGAAAUUCAUCACUGCUUUGGUGCUGACGAUUGGUUCACCGGAAUGCAGUCAGUUCGCUCUGAAUCCUAUUGAGAUAUUAAAGGUCAUCGACGUGGGUCCGUCUGCGUUCCCCGUUGGAAGAAUUGAGAAGAAGGAGAGGUCUAAAAGGGUGACCAAAGUGGAGUGUCCGUAUGACGAGGAGAAGAAAAAACAGAUGAAGAAGUGGAAGCACAAGAGAGCGGAGACUGCUCGCACGAUCGAUAAAUUGUGUUGCAAAGGUGGCGAAUAA